UCGAGCCAGCACGGUCGUCGCGACCGGUGUGCGCUCAUCACACCACCGACUCGUGCACAUUUAUAUUUUAUUUACAUUCGAAUGUACAAUCAAAAAAAAAAGUGAUUCCGUUCAUAGAAGUCGUGCUUCUCAGCUUCGUUUUCGUAGGGUAAAUGUUCUAUUGAGUGUCCUUUGUUCGUUUGACUAUUGUUGGCGACAACAUGGGAGCAUUUAAAGCGUCGAUACGAAGCCUGUUACUCUUCACGUUAGCACUCACAGCAGAGACACAAGUAGCGAAGAACAAAGCUGACGACAGUAAUGUACAGUCAGUCCCUAGCGAUCUAAGGCGAAUGGUCAACGAAGCUCUCGCUUUGGAACGAAGAUUCUUAUUAGGCGCUAAUGAUGCAUCAAACUGUACGUACGAUGAUGAGAUCAGCAACAUCCCUUGUCCACCCAGCAAGUAUCGCAGCGCGAGCGGAGAAUGCAACAACGUUCGACAUAGGCCCUGGGGUAGAAGAGGAGAUAUAUUCUUACGGUUGAUGCCACCUAAUUACGCUAAUGAUGUAUCGCUGCCUCUGUCAACGCCUCAUCUGCCGGAGCCGUCGCUGGCCAUCCGUGCGGCGGCACACUUGUCUCUGCCAGCCGACCAUGACUUCGUGACCAGUAUGCUGGCUGCCUGGGGACAAUUUCUUAUCGACGAUCUCGUUGAAACUUCUAAUGGCGAUAAGGACUGCGGCGAUUCCUAUUGCGAGUACAUACGCUCUGCGCCAACGAGAGACAUCGGUUCGUGUGGCUUUGAGCACCGCGAACAAAUGAACUUGGCUACAUCUUUCCUCGACGGUUCCGCGUUAUACGGAAGCUCGGAGAAGGAACUGCGGUCGCUACGUCUAUACGACGCUGGGAAAGUUGAUAUAGCCUCAUGCAGAAAAUGCAACAUUCAGACACCGACAGCUCCUCUGUACAAAGCUCUUUUAUCGGAGCACAACCGCAUCGCCGGACAACUAUACGCUUUGAAUCCCUUCUGGGACGACACCACCUUGUUCUUGGAGACGAGACGUGCUAUGGCCGCUAUCAUUCAGCAUAUCACCUACAAUGAGUUCUUGCCGGUAUUACUAGGCGAGGUGGGAAUGGCCAAGGCAGAAUUGAAAUUGACUUCCCUCGGAUUUUGGCGAGGCUACUCAAGUGCCAACCGCGCAGGAAUCUACACGGAACUUGUGGCGGUAGCGCCUGUUUUCAAGGCGAUGAUGAACCAAAAAUUGGUCAACACUACGAUCUCUCUUGAGCAUUUAAUCCACACCAGCGCCCAACACGUCUCAAGAUUCCCUCCCUCAACACAAUGGGACCUGAACAGAUCAAGAGAUCACGGUGUUGCCCCAUAUUUGAGGGCCUUAAAAAUGUGCGAACCGACAGCUGCUGUGAAGACAUUCGGAGACUUGGAGAAAAUGGGAUUUGAUCAGACCCAGCAAGAGAUGAUGGCUGAUUUGUACAGGAACGCUGAAGACAUGGAAUUAAUGAUAGGAGGCGCAAUGGAAAAACCGGCGUCCGGUGCUGUCGUGGGCUCAACACUCGCUUGUGUAUUAGCGUUGCAGUUUGCCAACAUGAAGAAAAGCGACAGAUUUUGGUAUGAAAACGAUAUUCCUCCUUCAUCGUUCGCACCGGAACAACUGGCCGCCAUCAGGAAAGUUUCUUUGUCCGGCUUACUCUGUGCAGCUGACGACACGAUUGUGAACAUACAACCUAAGGCUUUUGUUAAGGAAGAUCCCUUCUUAAACGCGGCUCAGCAUUGUUCUCAACACAAUCGUUUGGAACUCGCCGCCUGGAGAGACGAAACUGGCGCCAAAGCGGCCGAACGUUUAUCCCACGAUAUGUUGAACGCUGCUAUUGAAAAAGCUAAGCAGGAAAUGAUCGACAGAAAGAAACUGGAAUAUAUGCUGUGGGAAUCACGUGGAGGUGCAGACCCUAAGUCCCCGGUCGGUACAGCCGCGUCGUUCUCAAAAGCCAACAAAUAUGCUUUGAAACUGGCCAACACUUCGCUGUUCUUGGAGUUCGCUACUAAUGAACUGAUCAACUCCGUUGGGGAAGGGCAUCGUCGCAAACGUCAAAUCUUCGACGACGCUCUCGGGUUCGGCACGACGAACGAUUUCGCUGAUUCAUUGCAGUCAGUCGACAUUAGCAGCUUCCUCGGACAAGAUCAACUCGGUGGGCCGACAAUAGAACCGCAAUGUGACGACAGCGGCCCGUGCGACGCUAAUAGUCCGUUCAGAACUUACACAGGCUACUGCAACAACUUGAGGAACCCAAACCUCGGGAAGAGUUUAACGACUUUCGCUAGACUGCUGCCACCGGUGUAUGAAGACGGAGUCAGUCGUCCCCGCAUUAACUCAGUUACCGGAACUCCCUUACCGUCGCCUCGUGUGAUAUCAACUGUAAUCCAUCCUGAUAUAUCUAACUUGCAUACACGAUAUACGCUAAUGGUGAUGCAGUUCGCACAAUUUUUGGACCACGAGCUCACCAUGACACCGAUUCACAAAGGUUUCCACGAGUCCAUACCGGACUGCAGAUCGUGCGAUUCGCCUCGCACCGUCCACCCUGAAUGCAAUCCAUUCCCAGUACCACGAGGCGACCAUUACUAUCCAGAAGUCAACGUCACUUCCGGAGAACGACUAUGCUUCCCCUUCAUGAGAAGUUUGCCUGGACAACAGCAGUUAGGACCACGUGAACAAGUUAAUCAGAAUACGCCGUACAUUGACGGUUCCGUGAUUUAUGGAGAGAAUCCUUGCAUAUUCCGCAAAUUGCGUGGUUUCAAUGGACGUUUGAACGCUACAAACAAUCCUUUCAACGGUAAAGAUUUGUUGCCGCGAUCUGACAGCCAUCCAGAAUGCAAAGCCGCCAGUGGAUAUUGCUUCAUUGCUGGUGACGGCAGAGCUUCAGAACAACCGGCACUGACAGCAAUUCACACCAUCUUCCUUAGGGAACAUAAUCGUAUUGUCGAAGGCUUGAGAGGCGUGAACCCACACUGGGAUACAGAAUUGCUCUUCGAACACGCUCGCCGUAUUAUGGCUGCCCAGUUCACGCAUAUAAUCUAUAAUGAGUUCCUACCCAGAUUGCUAUCGUGGAACGCUGUCAACCUUUAUGGCCUCAAACUGUUGCCUUCCGGUUACUACAAAGAGUACUCUCCUACCUGUAACCCUGCAAUCGUGACCGAGUUCGCUACAGCAGCCUUCAGGAUUGGACAUUCAUUACUGCGACCACAUCUUCCGCGCCUCUCACCCAACUACCAGCCUGUGGAACCACCAAUUCUCCUAAGGGACGGCUUCUUCAGAACCGAUAUGUUCAUGUCUCAUCCUCCACUUGUCGACGAGCUUAUGCGGGGUCUUUCCUCAACUCCGAUGGAAACCCUUGACCAGUUCAUCACCGGCGAAGUCACUAACCAUCUAUUCGAAGACCGUCGUAUACCGUUCUCGGGGAUCGAUUUAAUCGCUCUCAACAUCCAAAGAGCUAGGGACCACGGUGUUCCUGGAUACAAUAACUACAGGGCCCUGUGUAACUUAAAAAGAGCCACUACCUUCGAUGACUUGGCUAGAGAAAUUCCUGAUGAGGUUAUCGCAAGGUUUAAGAGAAUUUAUGCAACCGUGGAUGAUAUUGAUCUGUUCCCCGGUGGAAUGAGUGAAAGGCCACUUCAAGGAGGGCUAAUCGGACCGACCUUUGCUUGCAUCAUUGCUAUCCAAUUCAGGCAGCUAAGAAAAUGCGAUCGUUUUUGGUACGAAAACGACAAUACGGCGGCUCGUUUUACCGAACAACAACUUGCCGAAAUCCGUAAAGCAACUCUUUCGAAGGUGCUCUGUGAUAACUUUGACAUACCCGGCGACAUUCAAAGAGCCGCCUUUGACCUACCCAGCAACUUCCUUAACCCACGUGUGCCAUGCGCAUCUCUACCUAAGUUGGAUCUGUCAGCGUGGCGUGAAAGCUCAACGCAGGGCUGUCUCAUCGCGGGCCGCUCAGUCGCUGUGGGCGAGUCCGCUUUCCCAUCACCCUGUACUUCGUGUAUUUGCACUAUAGAAGGAGCACAAUGCGCCUCUCUCCGUAUCACCGACUGCGCGCAGUUGGUCCGCGAGUGGCCGCGCGAGGCGAUCCUGCGCGAUGACGUGUGCACCGCGCAGUGUCCCACCCCCGCGCCCGUCACACACCCUCGCCCGCCCCGAAGACAGACAAUUAACUUCAAAUUCCCCGACCUGACACCCUACAUAGCGAAGUGAGCAACUACACCAUCGGACAUUGACGAUAGUCGGACUCAUCCUGACCUCAAGUGAACCCAUUACUCUCUGGGUAGCUAAACGUUCCAAACUUCAGUCACUACAUACGAAUUUUACUAUUUUCUAGCACAAAUAUGCAGACAAUUUACCCGAGCCUAUUAUAGACUUUGCAUCUUUUUUUUCCUACCUAAGCUGAUAGCCUUGAGAGGCUAUGUCAGCGUAACCGGGCGAGUAGGUGAGCUCACGGGGCUCAAACCGGGAGUGUUGCUAACACUGGCCCUAGCAAGAGCAGUGCUUAGCAGAAUCACAUCGCCUCGUUUACCGUCGUUCACCUUAAAACUGCAACUCGAAGUCCUAAUUAUAUUACAGUCUAGCUGACCCGGCAGACUUCGUAGUGCCUCAAUCGAUAAAUAAAAGACCUAAACUUUUGUAUAAAAUAAACUUAAAACAAACAAAAGGAAUCC